CGGAAGUGUAGUAUUUUACCACCUGAAUAGUAAUUUUGCUCUGUGCGUGUGAGAAAAGGAAGAAAAGAGGGUCACUAAUAGUGAAGUGCAGCUGGGUUGGAAUAAGGAUACGAGGUACUUUUUUUUUUUAUUUUUUUAUUAUUGUUGUUCGUACACUCUGUCCGUUUCCACCUCCUUAUCCUGGCGAAAGGUUGAACGGUUAAAAUGGAGGCGGACAGAUCCGGCGGAGGACCAAACCCGAACUCCGGAGGCGGCAGCGGAGCGGGGCGCAACCCAAACGGGCCCAAAGCAGCACCGGGCCAGGCGACAUCAGCCGCGGCGACCGGGGCGAUGGCAGCGGCGGCGGCGGCGGCAGCAGCCGGAGCCAUGCCCGGAUCGUCGCAGGCUCGGGAGCUGCAGGACGGGGACUCGGGUAUGACGCUUCCUGGGAUCCUGCACUUCAUCCAGUACGAGUGGGGACGCUUCCAGGCCGAGAAAUACCGCUGGGAGGCUGAGAGGGACGAACUCAGGGCUCAGGUGGCAUUCCUACAGGGUGAGAGGAAAGGGCAGGAAAAUAUGAAACAGGACCUGGUGAGGCGGAUCAAAAUGCUGGAGUAUGCCCUCAAACAAGAGCGGGCUAAGCACCAGAAGCUGAAGACAGGAAAUGACCAGAGUCCUGGAGACAAGAAACCAGAGACAGAAGCAGACCAACUUCCCAAUGGGCCAGCUGAGUCAGACUCUGAGCCAGCCAAUCAGAUGUCGUGGAAGGAGGGACGUCAGCUACUACGCAAAUAUCUUGAGGAAGUGGGUUAUUCAGACACUAUCCUGGACAUGCGGUCUAAGCGUGUGCGCUCCCUGCUUGGGCGGAGCAGUCCUGAGGCUAAUGGACCUCCACCAAGUGAAACCUGUCCUGAGCCGGAGCCCCGGGCAGGUGGAGAGUCGUUGUUGGUCAGACAGAUAGAGGAACAGAUCAAGAGGAAUGCGGGCAAGGAAAGCUCUAAGGAACGUCUGGGUGGCUCGGUGCUCGAUAAGAUCCCCUUUCUGCAUGGCUGUGAGGACGAUGAUGAAGACGACAGUGACGAGGACGAUGACUUCCAAGGCAUGGCCACCGACUGCAUCGAUGGACCGCGCAAGAACAAAAAGUCUCGCGUAAAGAUGGGUUCGGAGCCCAUGACCACAGACCUGGACCCCGAAGACGAGGAGGACGAAGACGACUCGGAAGAUGCCCUCAGUGAAUUUGACUUCCUGGGCUCGGGGGAGGAUGGGGAGGGGGCGGGAGAGGCCCGGAUCUCGGGGGACGGACGGGAGUUAGAGAACCGCAGGAACAAGUUACAAGGCAUGAUGUCGGACUUCCCCCCUAAACCCACCCCACCCCCCUCUGUAUCGGGACAGGCUCGCUCCGGGGAAGGCGGCGCCCUGGGUUUUUCCUCUGACGUCUUCAUCAUGGACGCCGUUGGAGGAGGUGACAUGAACCUGGGCGAACUGGCUGAUCUCACUGUUGCCAAUGACAACGAUCUCUCCAUGGAUAUGCAGGAUAACCGAGAGGAGUUUAAGAAGACAUGGAACCCUCGCUUCACACUACGCAGCCACUUUGAUGCCAUUCGCGCUUUGACCUUUCAUCCCAGCCAAGCGGUGCUGCUCACAGCCGCUGAGGAUGGAACACUAAAACUCUGGAACCUCAACAAGGCCAUGCACUCUAAAAAGAAUGCAGCAUUGGACGUUGAGCCCAUCUACACGUUUAGAGCACACAGCGGAGCCGUUCUGUCACUGACCAUGGGCGAGGAUGGAGACUCUUGCUACAGCGGAGGUCUAGAUGGAACUGUCAGAUGUUGGAAGAUGCCAGACCUCAACGUGGAUCCUUACGAUAAUUAUGAUCCUGGCAUCGAGAGCAGCGUACUAGCCGGCCAUGAAGACAGCGUGUGGGGUCUAACUUACUCGGCAGUCCACCAUCGCCUCGCCUCGUGCUCAGCCGAUGGCACCAUUCGCAUCUGGGACCCUCAGAACUCAGCUCCCUGCCUGUCUGUCUUCAAUAAGGAGAGAGAGCACGGGACACCCACCUCAGUGGCCUUUGUGGCCACUGACCCCAACCAGGUGGUGGUGUCGUUUGACGGCGGAGAGACGCUGCUCUACGACCUCAACACAGAGCAGAGCACCACUGCGCUAGAGACACAGACCAAGGAUGGCAGUGAGCUGAUCAACCGUGUGGUCAGUCACCCAUCUGAGCCCGUAUCCAUCACUGCACAUGAGAACCGCACCAUCCGCUUCCUAGACAACAAGACAGGAAAAGUUGUUCACUCAAUGGUGGCUCACCUGGACGCGGUCACCUGUCUUACUACAGACCCUAAAGGCACUUACCUCAUCUCUGGCAGCCACGACUGUUCUGUGCGCCUGUGGAUGCUGGACAACAGGACGUGCGUGCAGGAGAUCACGGCCCACAGGAAGAAGCACGACGAGGCCAUUCAUGACGUGGCCUUCCACCCUUCCCAGCCCUUCAUUGCCAGUGCCGGCGCAGAUGCACUUGCCAAGAUCUUUGUCUGACAGCACUGUCGUCAUUCUGAGUCCAACGAAAACAACUGGGCCAAAAGAGAUGGAAGACUACAGUGGACAAAUUUCCCCUGCUUACACACACACACACUUACACACACACUUGUCCUGCACCCCACUGGCUGGGUCAUUGCCACAGGACGUCACCUCCCCUCAGUCUCCCUCACUGUUCUCUGAUGCCUCAGUGACUUCUUGUAAUACUAACCACACUGCUUUUUUAUAACUUUAAAAAUUACGGCUGCUCCGUUUUCAAAUAAUCAUGUUUGGAGUAACUCUUUUCUACACUACAAUAUUCUGUUCUGCUUUUUUUCAGUCUACCAACUAUUACAAAGCAUCAUACGUGUGUGUGGUAGUGUUGUGCGCUUGAACUUG